AUGACGAGCGACGAUCAGUUCUUCCUUGACUACCUCGCGUCCAUACCGCAUGACGUAAGGCGAUACUCGUUGCAAGUCGCCGACUCAAUCGAUCGCCAGGUCGACUGGGCAGCAGCCACGAUCCGAGAAACCCUCGCACAUCAAUCAUGGCUACCGACAGCUGUUCGGCCGACGCUGCGCAUGCGGGAUAUGCGCUCGCCGCCGCGUGGGUUGACUGAUCGGGUCCAGGACUGGGUGGCUCGGAAUCGUGCGCUGACCGCGGCUAUCGUUGCGUUCGUCGGCACUGGGUGUGUUUUGUUGUAUGGGAACAAAAGGUUGAAUAGCAAGCGGAGGAAGGCUAGGAAGGCUGGUAAUGGGUCACGGAAGGAGAUUGUUGUCCUUGCUGGAUCGCCGCAUGAACCGAUGACACGAGCUAUCGCUGCAGAUCUGGAGCGCCGGGGAUAUAUUGUGUAUGUGACGGUAUCGUCUGCGGAGGAGGAACAUAUCGUUCAGUCGGAGCACCGGGCAGACAUCAAACCCUUGUGGCUGGAUUUGACAACGACCUCGUCAAAUCAAUCAGAACUCCACCCUUCGCUCCAUGAGCUUCGCGCUCUGAUCACACAACCUCAGUCUCCCCUCCCAGGGAUGCCCCCGCAUACCUGCCAGUUGAGCGGUGUUAUCAUUGUACCCUCGCCAAAUUACGCCGCCGGACCAGUUGCCACCAUCCCAGCAUCAUCAUGGGCGGACACCGUCAACACCCGACUCCUCUCUCCCAUCUUGACCGCGCAGGUCUUCCUCCCCCUCCUGACCCUUCGCAGCAACAGCAGCUCUCUCAUCUUCGCCUACCCAUCCAUCUCAUCAUCCCUGUCCGCACCCUUCGCCGGGCCCGAAGUUACCACGACCCGGGCUAUUUCAGGCUUUGCAACAUCUCUCCGCCAGGAACUCCGUCUUCUGGAGAAUGGAAAAGUCGAUGUUGUCGAGCUCCGGCUUGGAAAUAUCGACCUGGGCCCAUCGUACCGGAAUGCGCAGAACCAUAUUGCUGGGACGGAAGUUCUGGCAUGGAGCGUGCAACAGAGGGCGUUGUAUGGCCCUCAAUAUUUGAAUAGCGUGGAGCAGAGGCCAGUUGCUUCUGCGGGACCUGCUGCGAUUCGCGGCUCUCCUGCGCGGGUCCUUCACCACGCUGUGCUGGAUGCCUUGGAGCCAGCGUCCCGGAACAUCUUCGGGCGUCGUGCGCAUAAGAAAUCUGUUUUGUAUGUUGGCCGAGGUGCGCGGUCGUACAGUCUGAUCGGCGAUUGGAUGCCCAGUGGGUUGGUGGGCUUGAUGAUGGGUUACCGCAGCGGACAAACCGUGGGAACAGGCAGCUCUAGCAGUGGCAGUGAGAACAGCUGGGAGCGAGUUUGA